UAGCAAGUGGGGAGCACGGCGAUUCUCAGCCAAAACCCAGGGAGAGCUGCCCCCGUGCAGCGCAGUCUUCCAAAAGCCUCCCACAGAUCUCCGCCUUUAAAAAUCUGCAUUUCCUAAGAAAGGCUUCCAAUUUUCGAUAUUAAAAGCUAAAGAAACGGCUCUCCGGAGCCCUUCAGAGAAUGUCUCUCUUCCAGCGCUACUGCCACUGUCGGGGUUCACCAGGCACAAGCCCAAAGCUGGACCACACUCGCUCCAGCCUUGGCGACUGCCUUCAAAGUAACCGCGCGCAGCGGGCGUGCCCCGGAGUUCAACUUCCGGCCCCACACAGAGGCUAUUUUCCUUCUGGCCUUGCGACUGCCCGAGCCGCGCCUUUGGCCACGCCCCAAACACGCCCCCAAACACGCCCCUAGCCUCGCUCUGCUUUCCUUGGCUGGAACGCGCGGGAGGGGCGUGGCCUCGAGGGAGAAGCGCUCUCGGUGUGGGUCCCCCGCGCCUCACCGAGCGCAGUCACGCGAAGGCACGCUCCUCUCGGGCGGACGGGCGGGCGCGCGAUCGCGCGCGCUCCCGCCGCCCUCUCCGGUGACGUGCCUGACCGAGGCCGCGCUAGGGCGCUGGAGCUGCCACUGAGCGGCUGUCAUGGCGUCGGAGGCGCUGACUGAGGAGAGCCGGCCGCGCUGUCUAUAGGACCAGGGGCGGGCGGCCGGGCAUGGAGUGCGGCCCUGACAGCCCGCAGCCUCUGGAUCCCGGGGUGGCGGCGGAGCGAGAGUCGCCGCCGGAAGGGCGACGGCACGGCGGGCGCGAGGCUGAGGAUGGUCUCGCAGGACGCGCGGUGGAGAGCGGCGGGCAGGGGGCGGCGGCCGCGCGGAGCAGCCCCGGGGACCCGACGUCCCCGUCACAGCUCGGCUGCGGCGCGGACUCGGACUUGAAGGACAGCUUGUCGCCGAGCCCCGCCGCCUCGGAGGCGCCUCCGAGAGGGCAGCACAAGGUGACCGCCUCCCCGGAGCUGGCCGAGGCCGCGGCGGGCCGAGGGUCGGGACCAGUGGGCGACGCGGGCACCUGCGGGGUGGAGCAGGCGGCCGAGGAGCCCAGCAGCGCCGGCGCCCUGAGCAGCAGCUGCAGCGAGCCGAGCCCCCCUGGGGAUUCGCCCAGCCUGGACUCCCUGGAGUCUUUCUCCAACCUGCAUUCUUUCCCCAGUAGCUCUGAGUUCAAUAGUGAGGAGGGAGCGGAGACCAGGGUCCCCGAAGACGUGGAAGAGGGCGCGGCGGGGCCGCCCAGGGCUGCACCUCUGUGCAAAGAGGAGGAGGAGGACCCGGCUCAGGUGCUAGCGGCCUCCAAAGAACGCUUUCCCGGACAGUCAGUGUAUCACAUCAAAUGGAUCCAGUGGAAAGAGGAGAACACGCCCAUCAUCACCCAGAAUGAGAACGGACCCUGCCCUUUGCUGGCCAUCCUCAAUGUUUUGCUUCUGGCCUGGAAGGUGAAACUUCCACCAAUGAUGGAAAUCAUAACUGCGGAGCAGCUGAUGGAAUAUUUAGGCGAUUACAUGCUUGAGGCAAAGCCAAAAGAAAUUUCAGAAAUUCAACGUGUAAAUUAUGAACAGAAUAUGAGUGAUGCUAUGGCAAUCUUGCACAAACUGCAGACAGGCCUGGAUGUGAAUGUCAGAUUUACUGGUGUACGAGUGUUCGAGUACACACCAGAGUGCAUAGUCUUCGAUCUUCUAGAUAUUCCUUUGUAUCAUGGGUGGUUAGUGGACCCUCAGACUGAUGACAUUGUAAAAGCUGUUGGCAACUGCAGCUACAACCAACUGGUGGAGAAGAUCAUCUCCUGUAAGCAGUCAGACAACAGCCAGUUGGUUAGUGAAGGCUUUGUAGCUGAGCAGUUUCUAAACAAUACAGCCACUCAACUGACGUACCAUGGAUUAUGUGAACUGACUUCAACCGUUCAGGAAGGAGAGCUCUGUGUGUUCUUUCGGAAUAACCAUUUUAGCACCAUGACAAAACACAAGGGUCAACUGUAUUUGUUGGUAACAGACCAGGGGUUUCUUACUGAAGAAAAAGUUGUCUGGGAAAGCCUGCACAAUGUAGAUGGUGAUGGGAAUUUUUGUGACUCAGAAUUCCAUCUUCGACCUCCUUCAGAUCCUGAGACUGUGUACAAAGGUCAACAAGACCAAAUCGAUCAGGACUACCUUAUGGCACUGUCACUGCAGCAAGAACAGCAGAGCCAAGAGAUCAACUGGGAGCAGAUCCCAGAAGGAAUCAGUGACCUGGAGUUGGCGAAGAAACUCCAAGAGGAGGAGGACAGACGGGCCUCUCAGUACUACCAGGAGCAGGAGCAGGCACAGGCGGCUGUGGCUGCUACCACCACUUCCACACAGGUCCAGCAGGGCCAGCCAGCACAACCCUCUCCAUCAAGUGUAAAACAGCCUGGAAAUAGUGAACGGAAACGCAAAGAACCUCGCGAAAAAGAGAAAGAAAAGGAAAAAAAUAGUUGUGUGAUAUUAUAGGAAGUGCUGGCAUCUGUGGGAACCACCUAUGCAGAUGACGGAAAGGAAGACCCAGUACCUACCGUCUGUGCCUGAUCUCUCAAUGGAUUUUGUUCUUGUUUUCCAGGGGAAGGUUGUUACUUUGUUACAAUCAACUUUUUUAAGUUACACAAUAUACUCUUUAUGAGCUGGAGUUUUGUUACAAAGUGGAACUGUUGUAUGUUGUCACUUGUAGCCAAAUAAGUAUAUCACUUCUAUUUUAUGUUUAGUGAUGUGACAACUCUAAUCAGUUUGUAAGCUACUGUGUGUCCGACAAUGGAUGGAGGUCACCUGAGUGAGUCCUAUCCUUCUCAAGAUGUAAUUAUCAGCACAGCUAUUUCUGAAACAUUUAUGCUAAAUUAUGUUCUAAUCCAUAAGAAAUGAGGAGUUUAAUAUAGGAAGAGGAGAAAAAGCAGGAAUAAAUGACCCUUCAUUGUACAACUGGCUCAGCCCUUGAACAGCUUUACCUUUAUUUAGCAAUGUACAUUUUAGAUAUUAUCUUGAGAACUGAUAAUGAAGCUUGGAUCCAAUUUAGAUAGAAAUUUUUUUUAUUUUCCAAUAGCAAAAAACCCACAAAAAUUAUAUGACACUAAUACAUAUAACCUAUCCAAAUCAGAUACUGACUUUGUAGUAUUGUGAGAUUCUGAGGAAUUUUAACACCUUUAGGUAACCUGAAUGGUGGUUUCUGUUUGUUAAGGAUGUGGUGAGUGAGGAGACCACACUCGUGUUUUAGCCUUGUAAAUAGGAUGGCAGAGAAGAGCAGAGUUCACUGUCUACCUUUUUCUAGAUUUACCUUGAACCUUAAAUUUUAAAUCAUGUUUAUUGCUAGAAAAUUAAGCAUAGUUAUUUAAACCAAUAAAAAGCACAUUUCUGAAGGAAAGUUAAUCUCUUGACUCUAAUGAAAAGAUAUUAAUAAAAUUCUGAACAUAGCAGGAAUCUGAAGGAAUUUAUGUAAAAGCAGUCAGAUUUUUUAACUUAUGAGAACCAAAUAAACCUAAGACAUCUUAUAUCAUUUAUAGGAUUCUGAAAGAAUAUUUACUCAGCUUUGUGAUGAGGCAGCACAUAUUGUAAUUUCUAGAUCAAGUUUGAAAACUAUCCUUAACAGUCCUUUUUAUAUACUUUGUAUUUAAAGUUUGUUUCAGUCAUUUUUAAAGAUUAUUGCCGGUGCAGGUAGCUGUAUGAUUUGCCCCAAGCCUCAGUAAACUUGUUUAUUCAGGACCAUCACAAAUUGAACGUCCAGUCAGAGAAUAUUUCUUGUGGUCUGGAGACAACGAAAGACUACAAAAAAAAAAAAAAAAAAGUAGUCUAGAGUUUCUUAAGACUAUUGUCAUCAUUCUCCAUGAUCCCAAACCAACGGGAUGGAUCUGUCUGUAAAAAGUAGAAGUUUUAUUUAUGAAAAGUAUUAUUGUAAGGGGCAAAUUCAGGGCUGUGCUGUAUCCUUUAUACUCUUCUACAUUACACGUCUACUUACGUUGUUAUUCAGGUUUCCUAUGCCAGCAUGGGAACAAUCAGAGGACCUGCUGGGUUAUAAGAUUUGUGUAUAAAAUACUUGGUACGUCUCUUGAUUCCAACCUAGAGUGAGUAUGAACUGUAAAGACCAGAGCCCUGUGGUGGGCUGACUUGGCAGACACACAUAGACAACAGCAUUCUGAUACUCAGAGGAGAACGCUCAAUCCUCAGGGUUUGCUUUUCCCAGAACCGUCUAUUAUUUUAAUUUAGAAAACAAUAACCUUGAGUAAUUUUAAAAAGUAUACUUGAGGCAUAUUUUUCCAUAAUUAUAUACAAUAUCUAUUUAUUGCCCUUAAAAUCUAUAUAUAGAAAUUGUUAUUUUUACUAUCUUAAUUUGUUCCAAAGAUAAUACUGCCAUACUGCAUUCCCUCUAGAAGAAAAAAAGAAGAAACAAAGCAAACACAACUCACUCAAAACCAGCAUCGCUAUCAGAUAAGUAGGUGUCAGUAUGUACUCAUGACAAGUAAUGAGUUGUGUUUAUUAAUCCAAUCUUAUGUCAGAUUUCCAAGUCGGGCUUGGUUACAUUCCUGGAAUUGUUUGAUAUGACAAGAGUCAUAAUAUUUGUUUUGAUUACCGUGGGAGAAAUUAAAUGUUUGACUCUUAAAACAAAUUUGUGAGAUGCUUUCCUGUCCUCAAAGGCUGUCAAGGAUCUGAACUGUCACAUGCUUGUUUCCUAUGUUUUGCUCAAGAUAGCAAGUGAUAUUCAGGCAUAUUGUUGCUUAUUUGGGUACAAAGGACUUUGAAUAUGGUAUUUUGAGGGAUUUUUCCCCCUCCCAAUACUUUGUAAUACUUGAAAUUGUUAUACAUAUCUUGCUAACAGACGUCAGAAUUUAAACAUUUUGGAGCUUAAUGUUUCUAGACUAAAUUUCAGGCACAUUUGACCAAUGUGCCCACUCAGCAUGAGAACUGGCAGGAGGCAGGUGGAAGAGCAGAUAGGGUCCCUGGCUUUUCUCUUGCUUUCAAAGCAGAGUCUUAAAGUUAGUAGGUCAGUCUUUAUUAGUGUGCACUUCUUGAUGGGUAACCCUGUUGUAUAACUUGCUAUCACUUGUACUAGUUUGUCAAUACCGAGGAGCGUGUUCUGUUUCUGAAGUAGGUUUCCAUGACCUCUGUUUGGGUCUCAAAGCAAAACUUCCUAUCAAAUGUAAGUCAUCAUUUUAAAAAUAUGCACAAAUCCCAGCAUUCGGGAGGCAGAGGCAGGCGGAUCUCUGUGAGUUCGAGACCAGCCUGGUCUACAGAGCUAGUUCCAGGACAGGCUCCAAAGCCGCAGAGAAACCCUGUCUUGAAAAACCAAAUAAACGAAUAAAUAAAUAAAUAUAUGCACAAACACGCCAGGUUUAGGAGUGUCACCCAGCGGUAGAACAUUUGCCUGGAAUGCUCAAGGGCCUGGGUUCAGUCCCCAGAACAUGCAUAUGUUCACAGACACAUAUGUGUCAAGCAGUUAAUCAUGGCGUUGGCUUUAGGCCAGUGUGCAUGGGCAGAAUAACUUCCUCCAUGUUUUAAGGUCAGGCUAGGGUUUGAGCAAGACAGAGGCUUAAGUUUGGAUUAGGUGAUCUUGUUUCUAUUGCCUCACUUUUCUUCAGUUUGUCUUGAAUUCUUCCUCAUGCUCCUCAUAUCAGAUAUAAGCUGAAUAAACUCGUGUUGGCCAUUCUGUGCUCACACAACAGCUUCACAGCAUUUUGUUUUCUGUGAGUCAUAAACUCAGUGCAGACCUUGAGGACCAGAGGGCAGAUGUGAGGACAAGGGGAUGACUCAUGAUCACUGUCUGUGUUGGCAUGUGAACAGAUGUCUGUAAAAUCCUAGCAAAUCAAGGCAAGAAUUUUAAGAACUGUCAUUGGUCUUGCUGUGUAGCCAGCUGACCUGGAAUUAACUGUUGUAGCCCUGGCUAGCUUCAAACCCAAAAUCCUCCUGCCUCAGCUUCUCACUGCCGUGAUUACAGGCAUAUGCCAUCAUAGCCAGCUUGUUUAAACUUUCGUAAAGCUAACAGCAAACGGAUUGCAUUUUGCUUACCGUUCUUAUCCACUGUACCAGUUACUAUUUUUCUUACGAAAGCUUACAGGUUUGCACAUAUCACUCACUGUCACAGGCAUAGAAUUUAAAUUGAAAAAUUAAUGUUUGACAAAAUAAGGCAAAGACAUUAAAGGUAAUUAUUCAUAUUUUAAGGGAUUAGACAUGUGAAAUCCUGGAUCAUUUGAUGUUUGAAGCUUUUGUCUGAACAUGGUAAUACACACUGUCACCCCACCUUUGAGGAAGGUGAAGCAGGAGGAUCCUGAGUUCAAGGCGAGCCUGGGCAAGUAGUAAGACCCUGUCUCCAAACACAAACCUGACUUUGUCUUGUUUUGGUAAUCAUCAUGCGCCUCAGUUUCCUCUGUGUGCAGGGUGCGCCUGUUCUCCUGCUCCCCAUGCUUGCUUCUCCUGAGCACUGAGAAUUACUAAGAUCAUCACAGACAUUGCACAGCCUCUGUUCUUGAAUGUGCAGACUUUAUAAUGACUUAAAUCAGUUUUUUUAAAUGCCAUUAGCUUGUAGAAUUAUUUCAAAUGUGGCAUUAUGGCUUUCAAAAGUAUAUUUUGCGUUGCUUUUGUAUGUGGUAGACUAGUAUCAAGAGCAGGAGUAUUUGGCAUAUAAAAUGCACUUUACAGACCUGUUCUCCUGGUAUUUUUUACAGAUUAAGUGCUUAGAGCCUCCUGGUCUUUUCCUCCAGAGUAAAGCAGCAUCAGGAACUGGCCGGUCUCUCCGCUGCUGUCAGUGUAGACUACUUAUUUGUGGCUUGGUGUGAAAAUGGACUCUGGUAGUGUGCAAGUCAGCUCCUUUAGAAGUGAGAAAUCAUAAAAGAACACUUGAAUCUGA